UUGGCAAUGGACUCUGAGUAUGAGAUGAGCCAUGUCCGCAAGCUCCAGGCUCAGCACGCACAGAUGCAGGAGAAGACCUUUACCAAAUGGAUCAACAACAUCUUCCGUCUGGGCCGGGUAGGCAUCAGGAUACAGAACCUGUACACAGAGCUUGCUGACGGUGCCCACUUACUGCGGCUGUUGGAGCUUAUCUCUGGGGAGGCCCUGCCAACACCCAGCCCAGGCCGCCUGCGUGUGCACUUCCUGGAGAACAGCAGCCAUGCACUAGCCUUCCUCAGGGCCAAGGUGCCCAUACCCUUCAUCGGGCCAGAGAACAUUGUGGAUGGAGACCAGUCACUCAUUCUGGGACUCCUCUGGGUCAUCAUUCUGCGUUUCCAGAUUUCUCACAUCUCCUUGGACAGGGAGGAGUUCGGGGCCAGUGCAGCUUGGCUGUCUGCUAAGGAAGCUCUGCUGGUGUGGUGCCAGCGGAAGACCGCCAGCUACACCAAUGUCAACAUCACUGACUUCUCUCGCAGCUGGAGCGAUGGGCUUGGCUUCAGUGCCCUCCUCCACGCUCACAGGCCAGACCUGUUGGAUUAUGGCUCACUGAGUCCGGAUCACCCUCUGCACAACCUCUCCUCUGCCUUCCGAGUGGCUGAGCAGGAGCUAGGCAUUACUCAGCUGCUGGACCCUGAGGAUGUGGCGGCCCCGCACCCAGAUGAGCGCUCCAUCAUGACCUACGUGUCCCUGUAUUACCACUAUUUCUCCCGGCUGCACCAGGGCCAGAUGGCACAGAGGAGGCUGGCUAAGAUCCUGCUGCAGCUUCAGGAGACAGAGGCACUGCAGGCUCAAUACGAGCAGCUGGUGGCUGACCUGCUCGACUGGAUUGCAGAGAAGCAGAUGCAGCUAGAGGCGCGGGACUUCCCAGACUCACUGCCUGCCAUGCGCCAGCUCCUGGUAGCCUUUGCCUCCUUCCAUGCCCAGGAAAAGCCACCUCGGCUGCAGCAGCGAGGAGCCAUAGAGGCCCUGCUCUUCCAACUGCAGACCACACUCCGAGCCCAAAACCGAAGGCCGUUCCUACCUCGAGAGGGCCUGGGCCCUGCAGAUGUGGCUCAGCACUGGGCGGAACUAGAGAGGGCAGAGGCCUCCAGGAGCCAGGCCAUGCAGCGCAGGCUGCUUCAGCUAGAGCGACUGGACACUCUGGCCCGCCGCUUCCGGUGCAAGGCAGCCCUCCGGGAAAGCUUUUUAAAUGAGUCAGAGCAGAUGCUAGAACAGGCCAGAGACUCCCUCAUCGACCCAACCAAAGGGGAAGCAACCACUCAGAGGCUGAGCAUGUUAGAGGCUAGCAUCCUGCCCCAGGAAGGGCGCUUCCAAGCCUUGGGCGAGAUUGCAGACAUCCUGCAGCAGGAACAGUAUCACAGCUGGGCAGAUGUGGCCCACAGGCAGAAGGAGAUUGCCCGGCGCUGGCAGAAGAUCCUGCAGUAUCUACAGGAGCAGAGGAAACAGAUCGCAGGCUCACAGGCUGUGCUGAGCCUACUGGAGGAGGUGGAGGCUGCCACUGACCAGCUUGGGGAGCUGCAGGUGCUGGCCAGCUCCACAGCCUAUGGGCAACAGCCAGCAGAAGUAGUGUUACUGCUGCAGAGGCAUGACCUGCUGGAGGCCCAGGUCUCAGCCCACAGGACCCAAGUGAACCGUCUUGCCCACCAGACAGCACAGCUGGACUCCUCCCAGGGUACCAGUGUGCAGAUACUUCAGACUAAAGCCCUGGCACUGGCUGAGCUUCACCAGAGCCUGGUGUCUCUUGUCAGAGCCCGUCGCAGCCGGCUGGAGCAGACUCUGCAGCUGGCACAGUUCCUGCACAGCUGUGAGGAGGAGGAGGCCUGGUUGAGGGAGCAGAGACAGCUAAUGGAGAACGCAGCCCUGGGCCGGGACCUCACUCAGAUCUCUACAGCUCUGCAGAAACACAAGGUUCUGGAAACCGAACUCCAUCGCCACCAGUCUGUGUGUGCAGAUCUCCUGCAGAGGGGACGCAACCUCAGUGUCAGAGGGCCCCCGACACAGCCAGAUCCUCUGGAAAGGGCAGAAGCUGUACAGGGAACUUGGCAGCUGCUCUGGACUGGAGCCACAAGGCGGCGCGCCCGGCUGCAAAGUGCACUGUUGGUUGGACAGUACUUUUCUGACUCAGCCGAGGCAGCUUCUUGGCUUCUCCUACGGCAGAAGCAACUGGAAAGCGCAUCCUGCGGGAAGGACCAGGCAGAGGCCGAGGUCCUGUUGCAGCGCCACCAGCUCCUGGAGCAAGACGUGCACGCCUUUGGGGCGGAGCUGCGCGAGCUAGAGGAUCAGGCGCGGGCUGCUGCAUCCCUGGUGUCACUCAAGGAGGACCCUCCAGAAGACUGGAAGAAGCUUGACAGAGACACAGCUGGAGAACCUCAGGGUGGGAUCCGAGAUUUAGCAGCAACAGGCAGCCAGUAUUCACACCAACAGACACCCGCCUCCUGCGGAGAAGAGGACCAGAAUACUUGGGGGCCGAAAGCCUUGGGGAACAGCCAGAGCAGGGCACCCAUCAUCUGCAGCGUAGAGCAGAACCCCCAGGUGGAGUCUGCCCUGAGCCUUCUUGGGGAAGGCCCAAGGAUGACUCUCCAGAAUGAAUAUGACUUUGAUGUAGACUCCCGCACCAUACUCCAGGCACAGGCUCACUUGAGCCAGAACUAUGAGAACCUACGUGCCCUAGCAAAGCUUCACAGGGCCCAACUGGAAGAGACAGUAGCUCUGUUUAGCUUCUGCAGCUCCUGUAGGGAGCUCCAGUCCUGGAUGGAGGAGCAGACAGCCCUGUUCCAAACCUUGCAGCCCUGGGGUGACAACUUAGAGGUCGCACAGCUCAAAUGUGAGAACUUUCUCAUGACCUUGGCCAUCGGAAAAGGCCACUGGGAUGAGGUCAUCUGUACUGCUGAACAACUGAAGCAGAGAUGUCCAGGGCACACCUCAAAAAUCCAGCAACAGGAGGAGGACCUGAACCAGAGGUGGCAGCAGCUGGAGGCCCUGAAGGAAGAGAAAGGCCUGCAGCUGGCACACAGCAUGGAAGUGCACCAUCUUCUACAGGAGGCUGAACCCACACGAGCCCAGCUGCUAAAUGUGAUAGGCAGGCUAGGGGUUCUGGGGCCAGAAGGCUCUGAAGACAGCCAUCGUGCCCUGCAGCAGAUUCGGCAGAAGGUCCUGGCACUGGAGAAGAGGAUCUCCUACCUCCAAAGAGCAUCCAUAGAGGUGAUGGAGUCAGGUCCCAUGGAGGGCCAGCCACUUCAGGAGCAGGUGCUGAUGCUACAGUCUCUGCUAAAGCAAGUACAAGGGCCAGUGGCCCAGCAGGCCCAGGUCCAGACUGAGGCUCGGGGCCAGCAAGGCAUCCUCCAAGAGAGCCAGAAGUUGCUUCUGUGGGCGGAGGGCAUCCGGGCUCAACUCUGCAGCAAAGGGGAGCUGGAGGAUGUGGCCUCAGCCCAGGAGCUGCUGAGGAAGCAUGGAGGUCUACAGGAGGAGAUCUGCCUGUGGCAAGAGAGGCUGCAGCAGCUGGAGGCCCGGGGCCAGCUGGUGGCAGUCUCAGACUCUCCUCGGUCCCAAGAGGUGGCCAAUGCCCUAAGGCUCCUAGGCCAGCAGGGCCAGCAGCUGAAGGCCCUGUGGGGGCAGAGGCAGCAGAAGCUUCGGAACAGGCUGGAGCUGCAGAGGUUUGGCCAGGAAGUGGAUAGUUUCAUUACCACCUGUGCAGGCCAUGAGGCCUUCCUGCACCUGGACAAUCUGGGGGAGGACCUAAGAGAGGCCCAGAACUUGCUGCAGCAGCACCAAGGUUUUGGGUGGCUCCGGAGCACCCUGGGAUCUCGGGCUGAGGCCCUGCGGGCAUGUGGUGAAAAGCUGCUUCUGAGCCAGCACCCUGCUGAGCACAAGAUCAGAGAGCUGCUGCACAGUGCCCAGACACAGUGGACCAGGGUCCAGGAGAGGAGUGAGCAGAGAAGGGAGCAGCUGCUGGCCUCCCUCCAAUUGCAAGAAUGGAAGCAGGCUGUGGCGGAGUUAAUGCUGUGGAUGCAGGAGAAGUGGCCCACGGUGGCCGAUGAGCCCUCCCAAGCAUACAGCAAUAUUCUGGAGAAACUCAAGAGGCUCGAAAUGACUAAGAGUGAGCUAUUAGCUACCCACGGGUACAUGCAGGACCUACAGCAGGCUGGGAGAGAGCUGCUGCAUGGCCACCCAUAUGCACAGGAGGACAUACAGGACAGACUCCAGGGCCUGAGUCACAAAUGGGAAGAGCUGGACCACAGGAUGGCAGAGCAGGGGGUCAGGCUGCUGCAGACCAGACAGACAGGGCAGCUCCUGGAGCUACUGCAGGAUGUCAGGGAGAUGCUGGAGCAUCUGGAGGGAGCCCUGCAGAGAACAGAAACAGGACAGGACCUGCACUCCAGCCUGCGGCUGCAGAAACAACACUGUCAACUAGAGGACAAGAGCCAGGCGCUGGCCAGCAAGAUGGCCGCCCUCAUCUCUCAGACCCACAAUGAAUUCACUUCCCUGACCAUCCUGGAGGAGAGCCAGAAGUGUCACCAGAGGUUCAAGGCCCUGCAGAGCAGGCUGGCCACCCGGCGCAUGCAACUGCGGGCCUCAGUUGAGCUGCACCGAUUUAACCGCCUUAGCAACCUGGAACUCACAUGGGUGGCUGAGCACAUGCCCAGUACUGGUCCCACCUGCCCUGCCCAUUGCUGGCGUGAUGUCCAGCACCUUCAACAUAAGCACAAGGUGCUCCAGGCUGAGGUAAAAGCUCACAUGGGGCAUGUGCAUGGAGUACUAAGUUCUGGCCAGAGUCUAGCAGCCUCUGGGCACCCCCAAGCUCAGCACAUCGUAGAACAGUGCCGGAAGUUAGAAGGCCACUGGGCAGAACUGGAGCAGGCGUGUGAUGCACGUGCCCGGUGCCUGCAGCAGGCCGCCAUCGUCCAGCAGUACUUUCUGAAUGUGUCAGAUAUAGAGACCUGGGUGGAGGAAAAGUGGCCUCUGGCAAGCAGUCAGGAAUAUGGCGGCGAUGAGACAGCCACCUUUGGGCUCAUUAGGAAACACCAGAUGCUGCAGCAGGAAUUAGCUCUUUAUUGGAGCUCCGUGGAGGAUCUUGAGCAGAGAUUCCAGACCCUCACUGGAUUUGAGGCCUCUGAGCAGCUGGGUAUGGUACGGGAGCGGUUGCAGGCACUACAGAAGCUGGCAGAUGCACGGAGCCAGGAGCUGGACGGGACCCUGAAGCUACAUGAAUUCAUGAGAGAAGCCGAGGACCUGCAGAGCUGGCUGGCCAGCUGGAAGCAGGUGGCCAGAGGAGGGGACAACUUUGGAGAAGACCAUGAGCGUGUACUGCAACUCUGCACUAAGUUUGCAGAGUUUCAGAACCAAAUUGAAACUGGUGCCCGGCGAGUGGAGACCUGCCAACAGCUGGCAGAGAGCCUAUUAAAGAGUGGGCACAGUGCUGCACCCAAGGCCCACCAGAGGCAGCAGGAUCUACGGGCUGCCUGGUCUGAACUGUGGCAGCUGACCUGUGCCCAAAGCCGCCUGCUUCAUGACACAGAAACCACCCUCCGAGUCCACAGAGACCUUCUAGAAGUCCUUACUCAGAUUCAGGAGAAAGCUACAACCCUCCCUAAUGAUGUGGCCCAGGACCUGCAUGGGGUAGAGAUCCAGCUGCAGAGACAUGAGAGGCUGGAACGUGAGCUGGCAGGCCUGGAGCAGCAGCUGCAGGGACUGUUAAAGGCUGGAAGCAGGGUGCAGAAGCUGUGCCCAGGUCCUCAGGCCCUCGCCACUGUCCAGCAGAAGCAGCAAGCUGUGACACUAUCCUGGGAGGCCCUCCAGUUGCGUGUGGAGCAGCGCAGGGCCCAGUUGGAACAAGCACACCUCCUGGUCUGCUUCCACACAGUGGUGAAGGACUACACCUCCUGGGUGGCCAGCAUGCGUCAGGAGCUGCAGAGUGGGGAGGGCUCCUGGGAACCCAGCAGUAGCCUGCUCAGGCUCAGAGCCCACCAAUGGCUGCGGGCAGAACUGGAAGCCAGAGAGGAGCUGCAGCAGCAGGCCACUAAGCUGGGCCAGCAGGCACUUCUGGCUGCGGGGACACCCACUAAGGAGGUCCAGGAUGCGCUUCAAGCCCUACAGGAAGAACGUGACCAGGUGUUCAAGGCCUGGACACUGAAGCAAGAGAGGCUGCAGGCCAUGCUUCAAGAACAACACCUCCUCAGACAGUGUGAUCACCUGGCGAAGAUCCUCACAGCCCAGGAGGCAUUCCUGAAAGCCAGUGCCCUGGGGAGCUCAGUGGAAGAAGUGGAGCAGUUGAUUUGCAAGCAUGUGAUCUUCCAGAAAGUGCUCGCUUUCCAGGACAAGAAGGAAGCAGUUCUGCGUGAGCAGUUGAAAACUACCCCGAGCCCUAAGGGGCAGAGCCUGGUUUACCACGUGCUGGAGCAUCGGGCUCAAGUGAAGGAGCUGGCAGAGAGCCGGGGACAGGCCCUGCACACUUCCCUGAUGAUAGCCAACUUUACCACAGCGGCAACUCAGGUUGAGGACUGGAUUCAGGAGCGGGUCCAGCAACUGAGAGCCUGGAGCCCUCUUGGAAACCUAAAUGAUUAUCUGAAGCACCUGCAGAAACACCAGGCCUUCGAGGCUGAGGUCCAGGCCCAUGAGCAGGUCAUGACCUCUGUUACCAAGCAAGGUGAAGGACUCCUCAGACAGAGCCACCCUCGGACUGGAGAGGUCUCCCAGAAGCUGAAGGCCCUGUGGGAGCUCUGGGAGAAGCUGAAGCAGGCAGUGACCCUGAAGGGCCAGGCCCUGGAGGACCGACACAGCUUCCUGGAGUUCCUGCAGAGAGUGGACCUAGCAGAGGCCUGGAUCCAGGAGAAGGAGAGGAUGGUGAACAGCGGCGACAUGGGCCUGAGCCUUGAGCAUUGCCUGCAGCUCCGCAGAGAGGUCCACAGGUUACAGGUCACGGUGGGUGACACCUACAUCAGGAGAAUCAAAAACUUGUCACUGCAGCUCAAGAACCCGAGCCCCGAGGAAUCUGAGACCAUCUGCCAGCGGCAAACCCAGCUCAACAAUAGGUGGAAGACUUUCCAUGGCAACCUGCUCCUGUAUCAGCAGCAGCUUGAAUCAGCCUUGGAGAUACAUACAUUGUCCAGUGAACUGGAUGACCUCACUGAGCAGAUCAGGGAAAAGGAAUCCCUGAUCCAGGCCCUGGAGAGCACGGAGGAUUUGGAGAAUGUACAGAGGCUAUCAUGGAAACAGAAAAUGCUACAACAGGGCAUGGGCCUCAUCCAGACUCAGAUGGAGUCUCUCGAGGGUAAGGUUGACCGCCUGUCCAAGAGAAGUCCUGAGGUUGCCCACAGCCUCAGUCAUAAGCAACAAGAAAUGAUGGACAGCUGGUGGAAGGUCUGGAGCAGGGCCCGGAACAGGAGGGAGUCACUGGAUGUGGGCCAUAAAGUUUGGAAGCUCCAGAUGCUGCUGCGGGAUCUGCAGGACUGGGCACAGGGACUGAAGGCUGAGAUGGACACUCGGGGCAGCCCCUGCAGCCCUGAGAGAGCCUUGUACAUGCUGCAAGAGCACCAGGCAUACAGGGUCCAGCUGGACAUCCGAGCUGACAGCCUUAGCCAGGCCCGAAGCAUGGGGCAGCAGCUGCUUGCAUCUGGAUGCCAGCUGGCCUCUGGGAUUCAACAACCCCUGGCUGCUGUGGAUCAGGAGUUGAGCAGCUUGGAGGGAUCAUGGCAGAGGCGGCAGCAGCAGCUACAGCAGGCCCUGGAGCAGCAGCUACUUCUGAGCUCUGUGGAAAAGGUGGAACGCUGGUUCGACAGUGAGGAAUCCUCUCUAGCUAGUGAGGGACUGACGGAUCCUUUGGCCACUGUGGAGACCCUUCUGUCAAAGCACAAGAGGCGUGAGCAUCACCUGAAGACAAGAGCUGAAGAGAUCAGUGCUCUGGAGGCCACAGCCCUCAGCCUGCACCAGAGUGGACACCCUGAGGCCCACAGCAUCCUGGACAGGUGCCAGGCCCUACUCCUGAGGAGAGAGGUGCUCACAGAGCGAGCCAGGGCGCACGGUUGCCAGCUGGAGGAGCUGCGGAAGCUUCGGACAUUCUUGCAGGAUUCCGAUGAGGUAGCUGUGUGGCUGAGGGAGAAGAACCUGGAGGCUCUGGACAAGGGUCAGCAGGACCCAACCACGAUUCAAACACAGUUGCAGAAGCAGCAGAAUUUCCAGGCCGUGCUGGAUGCCAGUGUUCCUCAGCAACAGGAGCUGCAGAUGGAGGGUCAGAGGCUGCUCCAUGGAGGCUACCCGGCCUCAGAGACCAUCCGGAGGAGACUGCAAGAACUAGAAAGUCUCUGGGCUGAGCUGCAGGCCAACUGCCAGAGGAAGAUGGCCGGACUCCAGGGGGCCCACAAGGCUCUGCAUCUGCAGAAGAUGCUGGAGAGAUUGGAGAGCUGGCUAGAGUCCAUAGAAGCAGAGCUGAGAGCCCCUGUCAAAAGCCAGGACCUGCCUAGGGUGGGCGAGCUCCUGGGGGCGCAGGGGGAGCUGGAAGCAGCUGUUGAUAGUCAGACGAGGCAAGUGCAGGAGCUGCAGGGCCGAGCCCAAGCCUGCUUUCAGGAAGGCCACUGCCUCGCCAAAGGUGUGGAAGAGCAAGCCCGGCAGCUACUUCAGAGGUUCCAGAGCCUUCAGGAGCCGCUACAAGAGCGCAGGGCAUCCCUAGAAGCCCAGAGCCUACUCUUAGAGUUCUUCAGGGAUGCUGAUGAGGAAAUGGCCUGGAUUCAGGAGAAGCUGCCCUCUGCCGCAGCCCAGGACUAUGGCCAGAGCCUGAGCACUGUGCGGCACCUGCAGGAGAGACACCAGAAUUUGGAGAAUGAGAUCAGUAGUCACAAGGCUCUAAGCCAGGCGGUGAUGGGUGCAGGUCACAAGCUUGUGCAGGCUGGACACUUUGCCGCUGAAGAGGUGGCUGCCCGGCUGCAGCAGCUGGAGGAGGCUCUGGACCACCUGCAGUCAGAGGCAGCACAGAGGAGGAGGAUGCUGCGGCAGGCCCUGGAAGCCCAGCAGAUUUCGAUGGAGCUCCUGGAGGCAGGGUCCUGGUUAGCUGAACGGGGCCACGUUCUAGACAGUGAAGACCUGGGCCAGGAUGCUGAGGCCACGCACGUUCUUCUGCGGCGCCUGGAAGCCACCAUAAGAGACUUGGAGGGGUUCGGCAGUCGCGUUGAGCAGCUACAGCAAAGAGUCGCCCUUCUGGAGAGUGGGCAGAACCUGGGCAGUCCUAGGGUGCUGUCCCAGCUGCAGACUGUGAGGGAGGCCCAUGCACAGCUGCUGCAGAGAGCAGAGGGCAGGGGACAAGCACUACGGGAGCAAUUGCUCCUAUACCAGCUGGAUCAAGAGGCCCGGCUCCUGGAUGCCUGGCUGACCACCAAGGUGGCUGCUGCUGAGUGCCAGGAAUAUGGACAGGACCCUGACGGCAUCGAGGUGAUGGAAGACAUGUUUGGUGCUUUCGGCAGAGAAGUCCAGAGCCUAGGCCAGGCCAAGGUGCAGACCUUGAGGGAGCUGAUGGCCCCCCUCGAAAGAGGAGCACCCAGGUUCUACCCCCAGAUUCAAGCCCAGAAGUAUCGUGUCCAGGCCACUUGGGAGAGGCUGAACAAGACCAUUGAAGUCCGUAGAGAGAACCUGGCUGCAGCCCGUAAGCUCCAGAGCUUUGAGCAGGCUGCCUCAGAGCUCCAAGGUUGGAUGCAGAAGACCACCCUGCUAGAGGGAGAGUCCAGAGUCCACAGCCUGUCACCUAUGCAGCUCCUGCAGCAGCACAGGUGCCUACAGGUAAAGGCCUCACCGGGUCUCCACAGGCCAAGAGCCAUGGAAGUGAGGCCUGACCUUAUGUUCUGGUUGCAGAGGGAACUGACAGCCAUGGAAAAGGAGAUGGCAAGGAUACAGGUGGAGGCUCAUCGACUGGGCCAGCACAGUCCUGUGGCUCAGGAGGGUCUGGCUGAGUGGCUCACCAAGGUGCAGGGGGCAUGGGCCAACCUGGAGGCCAAAGUCCAGGGAUGGAGCCAGGAGCUGUCGCAGGCUACCCAGGGCCACGCCUUUCUUGGGCACUGUCGGGAAUUGCUAGCGUGGUCUCAGGAGCUGGUUUCCUCAGAGGAGCUGGCUGGGGAUGUGGUGGACCCAGAAACCCAGGAGUGCUGCCUUCAAGCCCAGAACACUCGGCAGGAAGGGCGGCAGCUAGUAGACAAUGGCCACUUCAUGUCGCUGGAGGUGGAAGAGUGUCUGCAGGAGCUGGAAAGGCAGCUGCAGGAGCUUCAGGCAGCAAGGGCCCUGCGUGGGCAACGCUUUGAGCAGAACCGGGGCCUGCAGCAGCUGCAGCAGAGGCUGGAGCUGGCUGAGGCCUGGCUGGCCUCCCAGGAAGGCCUGCUGCUGGACCCCAGCUAUGGGCACUCAGUGACGGACGUGGAACGUCUGCUCUGCAGACACGAGGGCUUGGAAAAGCUACUGGCGGCCCAUGAGGAGAGGUUUACCCAGCUUCAGAUGAUGACAGAGGUGAAGGGCACUCAUGUCAUGGAGGGGUCUGUGGAACUGAAACAGCAGCCCCCCACAGACGGGAGGCAGCCCAGCACCAGCUCCUGGAACAGUAGCCAUGGGACCUUGGCAAGCAGAGCCCUGAGCCUGUUCUCGGAUAUGAGAAGGGCAGAAGUACCAGGUGGCACUGGGGAACUGGCUUCCGUAGCCCCCCUUGUUCCUGAGUGAGAGAGACUGGAGGGCAGGAAGCAUACUUUCUCCACAAGGUCUGAGCCUUGAAAUGAGUCCAACACCAAACCUCGGGCUACAAGUGGUGAAGAUGCAUCCUGGGGAACCCCUCAGCUCCUGGCUCCAGGACACCUUCCAGAGAACAGCUCCUCACAGGAUAAGCACUGCUGUGUUGUUACUGGCUGGGCCCGAGAUGAGCCUGAACCUUUUAACUGGACCAUGGCCUCACCCCAAGGUCUCUGUUUGGACAAAGAUGGCACUCUGUCCAUCUGGACAGGGUUGGAACUUCCAUGCUAGAGGCCUCUUGGAUGUCAUGCUUUUAGAGUGGAGCUCACGUCAAGCAUCCUGUGGAACUAAUAGCCUGGUACAACGGAUAAUUAAUCUUGGGACAGCGCCACCCAAGCGCCUCCCGUUUAUAAGAGCCCCUAUAACAUGUCACAGUGUCCUGUCAUACAACCAACACGACCCCAUCUCUAACCUCUGAUGAG